UUGAAAGUUAGGCAAAGGUAGAACAAGUUUCAAAUUUUAUAAAAUGAAAGCAGCAACAAAAAACAUCACAGAACUCCGCGAAAAGUACAUCCCGGUAUCGACAGUCAAUUCUUGGUAACAAAAGGACGACGCAAAACGAAAACGAAACUGGCGGCACCCAAAUCGAAAUCAGCGGCUGCGCUCAUCAAACGCAAGAACCGCAAUGCCAAAAGGAGACAACACAACGAUACUAUCGAUAGUCUGUGCAAGGAGCCCUGCCAAUUUGUUCCAGUGCGUCGCAAACCUCUAGGGGAAUACAUGAAUCUCGGUGUAUCGAUGCCGAUAUCGAUGCAAAUGCAAGGGUCAAUGUCGAUGCCAUCGUCACCGUCUCCUUCUAUACAGGGCAUGCGAAUGAGCUAUGCGGCCGCUGUUCAGACUGGUGCAGGUGUAAAGGUUAUGAUAUCCCCUCGUCUCAAUAAAGCAAACGCAUCCAGCAAAUCAGUUGUUCAACAGCCGAAUAAAGGGAGCAAAACAAACAACAAGAUAACCGUUGACACAAAGUUUCGGAUAUUUGAUGAGCAGCCCACUAAGCCACAUAUUGUCCGCGUUGAUACCAAAUUGUAUCGAUCCGAUGGUGACCAAAGGUUAAGAAUGAAGAACUACUCCUCCAAAACGAAAAAGCCAAACAAUAAAUCGCCCUUGAAAGCAACGUCAAGUACUGCAAAUACUCGCAACGAUGUUGAUAUCAAGGCGCUUAAAUUGCAACUCAAACGACUGGCAUGCAGUAAUGCUGCAGGUUCUGCAACCGUUGUAUUUAAGGGCAAUUCAUUAUGUGAUAAGCAGGCGCAGAGGAGCAUUGCAAAUAAUAGCAAUAAUAAUGAGUCACCAGCAUUCGCCGAUUCUGUCAGCUAUUUCAGCUUUCACCAGCAGCGAUUGCAAAGGAUUAUCGAUAAGCAAGACGUUUGUGCAAUAUGCUUGCAAUCGCCGGAGGCUAUGAGGGUACCACAAUUUGAAGACAAGCAUUUUAAAAAUCUGGAGGAAGCUGCACUUUUGGCACAAAAUCGCACAAUGCUACGCUUGUGGAUGAACUCUGAUCUACUGAUAAGCUAGUAUAUCUAUUUCACAUACAUAAAUUUUUAAAAGUUAAAUUAGCUAUAUUGUGUGUUCUAAGUUAUAUAUUCCUGUCGAAAACAAAAUUCACAUUGAAAUGAUGCGGCCAAAAUAAAAUUGGCUCGCUAACGCAAUGAUCAA